GUCAUUCCUGUACGUAGUAGCAGACGGCCACGGGUUUGACAGCGAAAGCUGAUCAUUGUUUUUCUGCGAAUCUGGCACAUUGACUGACCCCUCCGCCCCAGUCAGCUACGAUGAUGAGAACGGCAGUGGUGUGCGUUUUGUUGGCGGCGCUGGCGGCGACCGACGCCGCGAGCUACUACAAGAGGCACCGGCACCAGCAGGGCUCCAACUAUGCGGACUCUGUCGGUCGGGAGGCCUGGGACGUCCAGCAUCAAUGGAACACAGAUGAUGAGGACCUGACCAGGGACACCUGGCAGCCUGAGAUAGCUGUGGAUGAUGCUGAUGCAAACUUUGUUCAGGAGGACCCGUGUCGCUGGGUGAAGUGUGGCCGACACAAAGUCUGUAUGCCCAGCUCUGACGGGUCUGUGGAGUGUAUCAGCAAGAAGAAGCUGGGCAAUGGGAAGAAGUGGUCCAAGUACCAAGAGAAGAAGAAGGACAGGUAUGGCUGCACUCCAUGCCCAGUUGUACGCCCUGAACCAGUCUGUGGCACUGACGGCGUCACCUACUCCUCAAAGUGUAAACUGGACUAUCAGGCUUGUGUGUCUGGCAAGGAUAUCCAGGAGGAGUGCACUGGCAAAUGCCCCUGCAAACCCCAGAUCCCAGAGAGGAGUGAGAUCAUCACGCCUGACGAGGUUCAGUUCCAGGCACCGCUGGAGGACCACAUCCCGCUGGACCCCGCACAGGAGGCGGACGAUGAUGAUGAUGAAGAUGAAGAUGUUGAUGAUGAUGAUGAUGAAGAGGAGGAGGAUGAGCCUGAUAACAAAGUCUGCAGCACUGAGGAACUAGAGGACAUGGGCAACCGCCUGCUGGAGUGGUUCAAAGUGCUCAGGAAGAACGACGAGAAGGAAAAGCCUGACACCACCAAGAACGUACAGAUAUGCUACGAGCCGGCUGUGGGCUGGAUGUUCAGCAAGCUGGAUGUCAACUUUGACCUGUUCCUGAGUAAGAAGGAGCUGUCGCUGAUCGAGUAUGACGAGUACGAGCACUGCAUCACGCCCUUCAUCGACAGGUGUGACCGCAUCAAGGACGACAUUCUCUCAGCCAACGAAUGGUGCUCAUGUUUCGAGGAAGCCAAACCACCAUGCUUUGCUGAACUGGACAAGGUUCCUGUGGCAGAAGUGAACGGACAACGGAAGUUCUUGUUGGGUGCGUACAUCCCUCGGUGUGCUGAGGACGGUUACUACAUGACAGAGCAGUGCAACGGCCCGUACUGUUGGUGUGUGGACAAGCACGGCCAUGAGCUGGAGGACACACGUACCCGGGGACAUGCCGUCUGUGAUGCUAUUGGAGCUGAUACUCCUCUAGAAAAGAAAGCUGAUGAGGAGGAGGCAGAGGAGGAGGACCAGGUGCCUGAGGAGGAAGAGGAGCCGGAGGAGGAGGAUGGGGGUUUUGAGGAAACCACUGAUGACGAGGACUAUACCGAUGCAUCUGGAGAUGACUAUGAAGAGGAGGAAAUUGAACCUUAAACACCCUUACUUUACCUUCACAAGCACCAAUACCUUUGGCACAUGUAUAUCUGACCCACGUUUAUGCAAAAUGAAAUCAGCAUCAUGGCAAUGAUUAGGUCAGGAAACUUUUAACUGAGGAACAACAAAUGGUUGGAUACAAAAUGAAUACAUAAUGCCAAGUAGGUUCCUGAGUGCCAGGAUGUACUGUAGUCUUCACUAUAUUUCCUACCACCAAGUUAAGGGGUUACCGACAGGUCUAUGGUCAUAUCUAGAAGCAGUUUAAGAAUCGGGACAUUGGCCAGUACCUGUACAUAAACAAUGUACAAGUUGUGGGGAUAUGGAUUUGUAUAGAAACUACAAUUGUAGAUGCCAACUUUCAAAUACCAAAACUGGAAGACGAAGUCAUUUUGUAGUAUUGAGCUGUAACAGUUGUAGAGUUUGACUCCAGAACACAGGAAAUCGUUUUUAGGUUCUAUAUAAGAUUUCUUUAAUAAGAGAAAAACCGUUAGACAUGGAAGUGUCCGAGAGAUGCUUACCACCCAAUUAUCUUGUACAUGUAACUUUAUAGUUUAUCUUUAUAUGUAAGCAGGAUAUAUCACUCAAGUCUUGAGAUUAUGCAACUGUGGAUUAUGUACAUUUUACAUCCACAAGCUCCCAGUCACCACCAGUAUAGCAAACUGCAUUCUUGUAACUAAAAACAGUUUAAAUAGAAUGUGAGACAAUAAGCUGCACUAUGAAGUGACGUCUUUCAUGCAACAAAGGCUUAUGUUAUAAUUAUAUAGUAGGCAAUUUGGCGUGGACGGAUGUAUGUUUUGUGAUAGUCAUCUGGCAAAAUGGUUUAUCUAAAAGAAUUGAGAGUUUGACAUAGUUUUAGGCAUUUAUACAUAUAUUGCAUAGACUAUUGUUGUCUAGCGACUUUUUGAUAGCUGCUACUAUUAUUUACCUACCUGUGUAGUAUAAUAAUCCUGAUUGUUGAAACAGUAAACAAUGAAGCCAACAUUAUGAAGUGCACGCUGCAAAGAUUGGAACUCCAGUCAACUAACCAUCAUGCAACUGUUAUAUUUACAUCACAGUGCAUGUUGCGUAGUCUUACAACAUGGAAUUUUGUGUUGGUCUCCUUUGUACUGAGCUGUGUCUGUCAUAUGAAUAUUACCAUAUGAUUGUGAGUAUGAUUGUGAGAAUGUCAUUCUUCCUUUUGAGAUAAACCUUUCUUGUGUGGUGUUGUUUUAAUGUCUUAUUCAAUAAAAAUUAAGGUGAUCACAUGGG